GACACACUGAAUAUCUCCGAUCCGUGUCAUCCUCCAUUCCAACUAAAUCCUCCAGGGGACCAGGACACGUCCGCAUCCACACCCCAGGGCCCCCACAAAAUCUCAGUAGCCUUUAAAAGACUCAUACACAGUGACACUUUCAUCAGAGACCAGGGAGACAUCUCUAGAUUAGAAUGACCUCUCUUGGAUUGUAGAUAAAGCCGGCCAGAGACGGUUCACCUUCUCAGUCCGUAUGGAGAAAGGUCGAGGUAUUUCCUCUGAAGAUUCAGGAUCAAAACCUCAGCAGGGCACCGGAGACCACCAAUUUGGAGGAAAUUCGUGUCCCACGGGGAAGAUCCAGGUCCUUGGAGACAUAUUCCAGUUCACUCUCGAUGUGAGCGAAUUCUCUCCCGAGGAUGUGAUCAUCACAUCCUCAAACAACCUGCUCGAGGUGCAUGCUGAGAAGCUGGGGGAAGAUGGCUCAGUCACAAAUACGUUUUCCCACCGAUGCACAUUACCAUCAGAUGUGGACCCCAUAUCUGUGACCAUGUCCAUGGAGAGCAGUGGGCUCUUGACUGUCAGAGCUCACAGGAUGUGAUCUCAGCACUGCGCCUCUGUGACCGUCCUGUGAAACGCGGCACCUUGGCGCCCUCUAGCUGCGAGCGAAAGGAUCACAUAAUGCACCAUUCACUGACUAUCGGAUAUAUGAGUAACCCAUCCAGUGCACUUGAGGCCUCCAAUAGUGCAAAUACUAAUUUUGAAAAGUGUGAUUUUCUACAAAAUUGUUAUUAAGUUUUAGCACAUAUGCUGCUAGCCAUGAAUUGUACAUAGUCAGAAGUGUAGCUGUACUUAACUGAUGAUUGUAUACGUAGAAUUACAUAAAUUAAACUACAUUGACAAAAAAUCUAGAAGAAAAAUAACAAAAAGUGUAUUUUUAAAUUUUUUAAACCAGUUUCCAAAAAUAAAUCAACAGCUGCCAUCUACCUGGAUGAGUCACUAACGUGUU